GUUUCUGAUACUCUAAUUCUUGAUCUUCUUGAAGUUAAUGAAAUUUGGGUUUGAUUCAUCUGUCUGAUGCCAUCUUUAAGUUCAAUUUAAGGUUUUGAGUGUUGUAAAAUCUGUGGCCUAAUUUUUUUAGUCUUGUUGUUGUUGAAAUGGUUUUGGGGGUUUUAACUCAUCUUUUCCACUGAUAGCACCUCUAGCCCAACUUGUGGUUCUGUGUUGUGGAAAGAUUCCAACUCUGUUGUUGUCAGAGUGUUUUGCUUCUGCCGAAGCUUGUGGUUGAGUUGUUCAAACUCAUGUGUGUUUGAUUUGUUGUUUUGUUGGCAACGACCAUGUGUGUGUGUACCUUUGGAAUUUGUUCAGAGGAACUAUGUUAUCUGCCAAGUAAAGUAUAAGGGUGAAGAUGGGGACAUCCCAUUUGGUGGUAACUAUUCGAGUGAGCCAAGUCAAUCUAUGGUCUCUGAUUCGAAUUCUGUCAGAGCGGCAGUUAACAGAGCGCCCAAGUUUGAGCAGCCAGGUCAAGAUAAAAUCUUUGGUAUCUCUGUGGAUGAUUUGAAAAGCCCAACGAAUAAACAAGAAGAUCUCUCUUUGUGGGAUGUAUUGCAUCCAGACAUGUUAUUCAGUGACAACAACAAUCCUACUUUGCUGCCACAUUUAUCCCCAAAUGAUGAUGAGUUUCUCGGCGGAUUGAGACAUAUUGACCGAGAGCAGGUUGAGUAUUUGUUUGCCAAUGAAGAAUUCAUAUCCACACCAACUACAUAUAUGCAAGAGAACCGCAGUGAUCACAGGCCAAAGAAACCUUUAUCAGGGAUCAUUCCUGACUAUAGCUGUGACACUGACAGUGAUGUUGAAUCGAUAUCUGCAACGAGUUACCAAGGAACAUCGAGUCCAGGUGGUGAAAGCGUUGGUAGCUCCAGUAGUCACUCUCAAACAGGCUUAGAUGAGAUGAUAUCGUUGAGCAAAGAUCUACAAACUUCUCAUGAACCUUCCAUCAGUAGAAAGACCCGAGAAUCUCAACUAAAACAAGAGAUGAAACAAGAUACGUCAAGAGCCUCUGGUGCGUCCAAAGACAAGAAGUCAUAUAUGGUAAAGACAGAGAAGACGGGAUGCUUUAUUAUUACAGAGGAAGCAAUGGAGAGAAACCGGAAGACUCCACGGUAUAUCUAUCUCGUGAGGAUGAUCAUAGGUUUCAUUCUCUUGCUGGCUCUCAUUGGCAACAUCAUAUCAGUACUAAGUACUAACAGUCAAAUCAGAAAGCACUCGUUUUAAAAUUUAAUUCUGUAUUCUUCUGAAAAUUUGAUAUAUAAUUGUGUGUGUGUGUGUGUGUGUGUGUAUGAACAAGAGGUAUGUCUUGGGCCUAUAGUUAAAUGAAAUUUAGGGUAUGAAAAUUAUGACAUUCACGGAAAA